CGCAAUUUUUAUACGCGCCAUUUUGAUGUAAUUCCGUGUUACAACAAAAUAUUUCGAAUUUAUUGAGUGUAUACGUUGUUAUCAUUGUGAAAAUGUCUGUUUCUAACGGAGAGGAGGACGUAGCUGCAAAACUAAGCAAACUUAAGUUAAACCGCGGCUAUGAUAAAGAUCCUAAAGAGGAAAUGUCGGAAGAUAUCGCGACAACAGAGGACAAAAUGUAUUCCGUCCUCUCUAUUUUGGAUCGGGAAAUUGCGUCCCGCAAGCAGGUUUUGCAGCCUCCGCCUCCGCCUCCUCCAGCUAAGAGAUUGGUGAACCUACCAACUUUAGGGAUUCCUAUAUUCGCAGAUUCUUACACGGGAAGAGCCUACCACAUGGAACGUGACACGUCUGCAGAGCCCACGGUUAAGGAGCUGCUGGCAUUUUUAGAGAAGAGAGCGCUCGCAAUGGAAAAUGCUGAGCCUCCUCCUGCGAAGCCCUCUACCAGCAACGCCUAUGGUAACAGGCAGUCCAGAUUGGCAGUCAACGUAGCAGCGGUGGGAAGCAAACCAGCAUGCAAUUACUAUACUGGAGCCUCCGGCGAGCCAGCAGAGCGAGCCUCGGCCGAGCCACACGCUGCUGCCGAGCCCGGCGGCGCUGCGGCCUGAGCCGUGCGUCUACGU